GUACAUCCCGGCGCAUAAGAAGCGGCUACAGGAGAAGAUAACGACGCUUUGGGAGACGAUCACCAAGCAGAAGCUGUCACAGAAGAAGACCUACCUGACCUUGGAGGUUUCAGCAUCAGACCUGGACGACGGCGUUGACGUUGUCAUCCCCACCGUCAAAUUCCAGUUCAGGUAA